ACAAGUAGCAGCACUGAAUGGGCGUUGUCUGAGCUCCUUCGAAGCCCGGAGACAUUAAACAAAGCCAAAGCUAAACUUGCGCAAGUGGUUGGACCAAAAGGAAUGGUUGAAGAAAGUGACAUUGCAAAUCUUCCAUACUUGCAGGCCGUGAUUAAAGAAACUCUAAGAUUACAUCCUCCGGUUCCCUUGCUUCUUCCCCGAAGUGCUAUCGAAGACACGAAAUUUCGUGGUUAUCACAUACCCAAAGAUACUCAACUUCUGGUAAAUGCUUGGGCAAUUGGAAGAGACCCAGACGUAUGGAAUGACCCUUUGCCAUUUAAGCCUGAAAGAUUCUUAGACUCUACAGUUGAUUACAAGGGCCAACAUCAUGAAUCUAUUCCAUUUGGAGCUGGAAGAAGAAUGUGUGUAGGUCUGCCUUUAGGUCACCGAAUACUUCACCUAACGUUGGGGUCAUUGCUUAAUGAAUUUGACUGGGAACUUUGUGGUAAUGUCUCUAAGGAGAGCAUAAACAUGAAUGAUAGAUUAGGCGUAACCAUUCGAAAGGUUGAGCCACUAUUUGCUCUGCCUAAAAGAUUAUUGGAAUGA